GAUCUUCUCCAUGGCGAGACUCGAACGACGGAGGAGCCGAGGGGGGUGGGCAGAGAGAGGUGAAGAUGUGGAGGAGGAAAAUGAGGGACGAGGAACUGCCCGAGUGGUGCUGCGGCGGGCCAACGGGAGGCCUCGGAUCGUCGCCGUGAGGAGAAUGACUGGACAACUUCGUUCACGCCCUCACUCGGACUUGAUCUCGAUUGUUGCGACUCGCGUCCGGGUUGCCCAGUCCAUCUUCGAGGACGUGCAAGUGACCACCGCCAAAGGAGGCGUGGAAAAUUCGCCGGCGAGGUGCAAACGCUGCAAACACGGGUUGGUCUUUUAUCGUCCAACGCGACCAGGGAGUUUGUUGCUUUCCCUCGUCACUCCUAUGAGUAUUACCACCAUGCCCUCUCUACGCCCCUCGCUACGUCCCUUGCGCUUCUCGCCAUGGAAGUCCCCGUCGCGCUUUUAUUCCUCGCCCAAAGAACCCCCCCGUUCGCGCUUCCGCCGCCUCAAUGACCGCCUGCCGUCGUUUCUCCGGUCCUACACCACGCCGCUUCUGGGGGCUCCGGGCACGCACAUCACCUCCUUUCUAAUCCUACAUGAGCUCACGGCCAUUGUUCCCCUGUUUGGCCUGGUGGCGGCCUUCCACUAUGGAAAUUGGUUCCCGGAUCUGACGUCGAGCGCGGCGUUCGAGGAAGGCACGCGACGCUUUGGACGGUGGUUGCGCAAGAAAGGCUGGGUGGAGGAUGAUGCCGAGAUGGACAUGGAAUUGUUGGCGAAGGAGCGCAAGGAAGGGUCGGUCGACUACAAAGAUUUAACUCCCCCCAAGGACGGGGAAAGAAAAGGGAUGCGUCUAGUAUGGGAGUUCGCGACGGCCUAUGCAGUCACCAAGGCUCUACUACCGCUGCGACUCGCCGCCAGCGUCUGGGCCACUCCGUGGUUUGCCAGAGCCAUUCUGGGUCCCGUCGGAGGGAGACUCCGGGCGCUCUUUGGGCGGAAGUAGAUCGCGGUUUAGUUUCCCGAGGUUGUCGACAUGCGCGGGAAUCAUACGUGGCGGUGAUAAACCAGGCAUCAGAAGUCUGUACAAAUGUUUUAUAUUAUUUCUCAUGAC